AUGGAGAUUGUGCCACCGUCGUAUGAAUCGGCAACGACCAGAGACGCUCUGUCUAUAAUUGCCCCGUAUAUACCCUCAAGUGACCUCUGCGCGGCCACUUUGGUCUGCUCAAAAUGGCACACCGCGUUUAUGCCGUUUCUAUGGGGAAACCCAGCGUCCCACUUUGGAACUGAAAAUGACGAGGUCUACGUUGCUCUGACGAGGUUCAGACGGACCCUCAAGUAUGCCCGUCUUGAAGUACGGAUGCUCACUCACACUAUUCAUAUGCCACCGGCGCUCUCUGAGAUAUAUGGUGGCCCACGUCCUGAGUGGCUAAGGGAUAUCUUUGAAUAUCUACCUCGUCUACAGUCCCUGAUAGUAUCGCAGCUGCCAUUCUUUGACCACAAUGCCAUGGUGGCGCUUAGAGGUGCUGGAUCAAGCAGUCUGUCGUCGCGAACCUACCAUGUACGUCUUCUCAUCGCCCAGCGCGAGCCGAAUACAACGUCCCUGGGCCUAGCGGAAACACUGUUGCGCUUUCCGGGGUUAAUCUAUCUCGACCUGUCGUAUACAACAGCUGCAAAAGACCAGACGGUGCUGUCUACACUAUCUCAACUCGAACAUCUCCAAGUGCUCAAGCUACGAGGCAUUGGGUUGAAGGAUAUUGAUGCAGCGUACUUGGCUAAUGCGAUUGGCCACAGAGUUCGACUGCUCGACCUGCGGGGCAAUAAGCUCACGGACUUGGCUCUUCAGCCAUUACUCCAUGCCUGCUUCUUGCCAUCCGGUCAUGCUGCGUAUACACGCGCCUCACAGACUCGUGGCUUGUCUGUAUCAAGUUCGACCAAUCCCUUCUCCCAGGAUAUUCCCAGGUCCAAACUUCUCCGCUCACCAGUGGUGGAUGAGAAAUUUCGAAGGGCAUUAACCAGUCCACUUACAGGCCGCUCCUGGGUUGAAGACUUACCGAAUGCGGGUAUCACGCACCUUUACCUCGCUGACAACCAAUUCACUGUUGAUGGUGUAGCAGGCCUUCUAACAACUGGUCGACUCCACGUACUUGAUAUAGGGACGGUCGACACAGAAAAGCACCUCAAUGAAAGUCUAAUUAGCGCAGGACAACGGGUUUACCCCGGUUCAGAGAAGCUGAUACCAAUUUUGGGCACGGUUGCAAAGGACAACUUGACCUAUCUCCGAGCACAUCACCCUAUCUGCACUUCUAUCGCACCACACGGAAAGUCGCCACCGGCCGAAGAUCUUCUGCCAGAGCUAUCGGCAGGCGAUGGAACAGCAGGCUUUAAUGAGCUGGACUCUUCUACUGCGGAGAUAUAUGAACUACCCGCGGACACGACUCCUGUAUUUGAGCUUCCUGGAAGCUCCCCACUCCCUGAAUCGCCGACUACACCACGGGAACAUGGAGUUGCAAGCUUUCGACAGUUCGAAGAAGACUCCGGCCUCCAAAUAGACGAAAGACGACGUUCAGCGAUUGCACCCGAGGUGUUGUAUGGACCGAACGAAACUGACGGGUCGAAUUCGGCGAGCGUUGAAUUCAGUACUCUCUCAAGCUCGCCCAUCCGGUUGUGUAGUUCUCCGAUUUCUAUGGAGGAUCCACGGGGCCGAAAGAUUCAAGAGUUACUUGCUAAGCGACCCAAGGCCCAGCCCCGACGGCAUGGCAGGCAAAGCUAUGUUGAUUAUCUUCACCCUUUCCAAGUCCCCCACCUAGAAGUUUUGGUGCUCACAGACGUUCCUUCCCAUGUGCCUGCGGAUUCACCGAUCUUGGAGUCGUUGAUGCAGUUCAUAACUGCAUGCUCAAAUGAAGCAUUGCUGGCAACCCUACAAGCAGGAUCGGAUUACUCACUGCCACCCGGACAAGACAGGGCCAAGGCUGAACAGGAGCGAGCGAGGUCUCUCUUCGGUUUACGCCAAUUGGUUCUCGAGAUCACACCAGUCACUUAUUCACCAAAUAAUUUCAAUCCGUCCGCCUGGAAAUCCGUUAGCGCUCAAAUUGGACAUCAGAAGUCAACCACUGGAGAUUGGGAUUUAGAGCGCUUAUGGUCCGCAGCAUCAGAUGACUUUAGCUUCUUUGGGGAACCUGAAUGUGGGGUACCGAGUUAUGACCAAGGCAGAUAUUCCCCCAUGCCUCCGCUGAACGAGAAUGGCACACUUACACCGGACGAACUCGGUUCCUCUCGAAAUGCCAUAUCAGAUCUGGCAGGCUCAUUGUCUGGGAAGUUAUCUUUGCAAGAAGGAAAGACCAAAGCAGGGUCGAGUACCAGUAAUCCUUCCUUUACCCCGGCACCGGCACCAAUAGUUGACCUUACGUCCGAGCUGGCUGCUUUUCGACGAAGAAAAAAACUGGAAUAUGAGCAGACUAUACGACAAGCAUCUCAGCGGAGAAACACGAUUGAGACAUUAUCACCCCAGUCUUAUCGUUCGACAGGUUCGGCUAGAGGGUUAUCCCCGUCUCCGAGUGCCAGGGCAUCAAGCCCUGUUCUAGGCUCUCGUUUUUCCAUUGCCCAUCAUGUCGAAGGACAUUGGAAAGGGGAGAUCAAGAUUGUCCGGAACGCAACUCCAAAGGGGCGGAGUGGGAUGGUGGAUAUGUAUGGAAAUUAUUUUGAGAAAGGGUACUUGUAUCCCUGA